AUGCCUCUAUCAAACACGUUUGGAACGCACAGUUUGGAAACCCACUCUUUACAUAUUCAACCAGCACCGCACAUGAAAUUGAGUAAAGAGGAAAGGUCUCAUUAUAGGGAGCGGUACCACUCACUAGACUAUAUAUCUAAUUAUGUGUCUGUAUUUGACCAAGCAAUGAGCUAUAAUAUCGAUUCCAGGAUUAGAAAAGAGAAUGAGCUCUUAUUGAAAAAGUACUAUGAAUCAAGGAAACCUUUUAGCUUCACCAACUUCAGGCAAGGAAGUGUAAUUAGCUCUUCGGAUUCUUCUACAGGCUUUACCGAAAGAACAAAGAUUUAUAGUUUCCUAAACGAUUUUAUUAGUAACUGCGUUAAUGAAGUAGAUCCAUACACACUAAAAAUGACAGUAAGAAAUAGACAUAGCGCUUUAAACAUGGUCAACAUGGAUGAUGAACGUAAGGACAAGGAUAGCGAGGACGAUCUUGAAGAGAAUCCUAAUAACGAUCAUUUUGGUAGGUCUGGUGAUGGUUCUUUAUAUUCGUCGGAAAGAUUGGAGAUACUCCGCUCCUGCUCAACAAGAUCAUAUUUCAAAUAUUAUAAAAAGCUUUUGACAGUAGACCUAAAGGAUUGUGAUAUUUUGAAAAGACAUAAUUUAUGGAUGCCAAUGAUUGCCAGAAAAUUUAGGUUUUUAUUAAUAUCCAAUGCAGAACCAAAGGAUGCAAGUUUAGCGAGCCCCGUUCCAAUACCUAUUAUAUCGCCAGACUUAGAUAUUUUUCAAAAAAAGACAUGCCCUCUUUUCAUCAAUGGUACAGACUGUGUUCCCAAGAGUUAUGAUACGUUUUCAGGUUCUUCAGUAGUCAUGUCAAUUUUUUCAGAGUUCAAAUUCCCACCAUUAACAUACCAUUGUUCCGUUGAAUUGAAUGACCAACUGUUUAUUGUCGGGGGUUUGAUGGCGUGCCAUCGGUAUGAUGAAGAAGCAGCGGAUUUAAAAGAUUUUUAUGUUGAUGGCAUAAAGAAUCUACCACCGCCACUAUUACCGGACUUAAUCAAUAAUCCAUCCAUGAUUUCUAACCCUCAUUUAUACUGUUUAUCCUUAACUUCUUCCAGACUAACAAGACCAGACAUUGCAGGUUACAUUCCCCCUCCACUGGUGUGUAGUCAGGGUUGCAAAUUGACGGAAAGGCAUAUAUUCUUUUACGGUGGGUUUGAGAUCAAGUCGGAAACUCAAGUAGAUGAUAAGGGAAGAUAUUUCAUAAGGAAGAGAGCUUUUUUGAAUAACACCGGCUACAUUUUAGACACAGUGACAUUUAAAUUUUCCAAGAUCGAAUUGGUAGCUCCUCCAUACCAAUUUGCCAUUUACAAUAAUUUCUCACCGAGGUUUGGGCAUAUGCAGUCAUCAGUAAGUAAUUCUAGUAAUAACUUGGCUAAUGACAGCUCCUCGACAAGCACCAAGGGUAGAAGAUCGAUCAGCCCAUAUCGUCGGGGUAGUGGAGACUACAAGAUUGAUGAUUUAGUGGGCCCGCCAGCUAGUAAAGAUUAUUUACCAAGCGAUUCCAUGUCAAACGUGACAAUCCCAAGAUCUACAGAUAGUUUUUCUUCCAAAACUUUUAGUACAGGAACACAUUCUUGUAGCUCUGUUAAUACCAUUAUUAUCUUUGGAGGCUAUAGUCAGACCGGUGAUGAUAAAUACGAAGCUAUGAAUGAUAUGUGGAAAAUAGACAUCCCGGUCAUAUCUCGUGGUAAACGUAAUUAUUACAAAUUUGCUGACACGGUGACAGUUACUAAAAUUCCUGUUAUUGAUGAUCCAGAACUAUGGCCGAGCAGAAGAGCAUUUUCAGCAUGCUGUGUUCCUGAUUAUUUCACACAAGAAGCAGAACCUAUUGAAAAAAGGCUUUUGAGAAACUUGAAAAACGACUUUUCCAUAGAUAUGGAAACCCAGCCAGGCAAUAAGCCAUCUCAACCGCUUUUCCCAAACAUACCACAUUCAAGAAAGGAGAAGAAAAAUGGGCGCGAUAGUAUGCAUGCUUCCAGUUCAAGCAACAGUACUAGUGACGACGCCUCGUUGAAAUCUGCUAAAAAUACGAAUUCAAGUCCUUCUAUAAGUCCCAAACACACGCCACCACUGAACAUGCCGAAGAGAGGCACUCCAUUCGGAAGAGUGGUUGCAUUUCACGGGGGGUCUGAUCGCUAUAGCGUUUGCUGCGAUAUGUGGUGGUUUGAUUUCGAUUCGGAAAUUUGGACGAAGAUAGACCUCUUUGCUAAAACACAAGAUGAGUCUGAUGGUUUGGUACCCAUAAGCCUCUGUAUGGUUGGGCACUCUAUGACGACAGUGGGUCGUAAGGUGGUGCUUAUCGGCGGUCUACGACAAGAAGAUGUUGACCGAUUGUAUAUGGAUGAAGCCGUUCCCGAAGAAAAAGUAUCAGGUAUUCCGCUCGGUAGUGGUGUAAUAAAUGUUGUGGAUUUGGAUACACAAUGUCUUCAGGGCUGUAAACUAAUACGAUAUGAAGGGGACACUAAGGAUUCAGUCAUUAUGGACUUUCACCUCGGCGAACCCCAUCAAGUAUUGGCCGUAGCAGGCUCAGUAGCACAAUGCAAGGGAGGUGUGACCAUGGUGGGCGGGGUGGUAGCCGGUCGUCAAAACAUCUCGAAACUUUAUCUGAGGGGAGCUGUCUUACAGUUGAUCCUUCCAAGUAUGAAUUUGGCCAACUAA